AUGCAGGACAAGAGCACCGAUGGCGUUUUCUCGUGGGUCGUCGCCGCCGUGGAUGGUCUGUUCGUCAAGGCGAAGGCUCCGUGUGCGAAGGAGACCAAAAACGUCAUCGCGUACUACUCUGGCAGCAAGUCUGCGUACGGCAUCAACGUGCAAGCGAUGUGCACCGCCGACUACCGGUUCUGCGCAAUGUCGGUGACCUCUCCAGGCUCGACGAACGACUGGGUGGCAUGGAAUCGAUCUUCCCUUGCCAAAGCCGUCGCCCGCUUGCCCGCCGGAUGUCACAUCGUUGGUGACGCCGCCUACCCCAUCGGACAAAAGCUUCUGACUCCGUACCCUGAGAGGCAACUUGCGGCGGGCAAGGACUCGCUCAACUUCCACCUGGGCCAGCUUCGUGUCAAGAUCGAGCAGAGCUUCGGCAUCCUGGCUUCGACUUGGGGCAUUCUGUGGAGACAUCCCCGCAUGCAGCUCGGAGGACGCGCGGAUCUCAUCACAGCCCUUUUUCAUCUGCACAACUUCCUGCAAGACGAGAAGGUAGCGCCGAUCCAGCUUUCAGAGGAGGACUCCCGCAGCGGACUCAACCGGCCGGCCCUCUGUGCUACCCGGCGCACCUUGCCCGAUGGCUGGGGAACGGGGCCGGCUCCUUCGAGGAGCGGUGAGACCCAGGCCCGAGCGGCUAUCCGCAAGGCCCUGGGAUUGAAGAAGAAGUAG